CCAAGUUCACUGUGAUCCACUGGAGCAGUAGUAAGUUAUAAGCUACGGCGAUAAUUUUUCCAACCGCCUUUCGUAGACUCCAUUUUCCAUUUUUGGCGGGAAACAGAAAACCCUCAUUCUCCAUCAACAAUGGCAGAAGAAGAAAUGGAGGCGGCGGGAGAAACCGAACAAGAGGUAGAAGAGGAGUUCGCCGUUUGGAAGAAGAACACGCCGUUGCUCUACGAUCUUGUCGUCUGUCAUGCCCUUGAAUGGCCUUCUCUCACCGUUCAAUGGCUUCCGUCCCCCACCACCGACGACGGUGCUUUUGCUGUACACAAGCUCAUUCUCGGAACUCACACCUCCGACGAUUGCCCCAACUUCCUCAUGGUCGCAAAUGUUCAUCUCCCUCGUAAUCCUGCUUCAGGACUUGAACACAAUCUCAUGAAUCCUCAAAUCCCUAAGGUAGAGAUAGUACAAAAGAUUCAUGUUGAUGGAGAAGUGAAUAGGGCGAGAUGUAUGCCACAGAAGCCAGCUGUAGUUGCAGCAAAGACUAGUAGCUCUGAGGUUUAUGUCUUUGACUCAGCUAAACAACCCCUUGAUCAUGAAGGUGGGUCUUGUAACCCUGAUGUUAGACUUCGAGGGCAUGAUAAAGAAGGUUAUGGCUUGUCGUGGAGCCCAUUUAAGGAGGGUUUUCUUUUGAGUGGUUCAAACGAUCAGAAGAUUUGUUUGUGGAAUGUAUCUGCAUUGCCUCAAGAUAAAGUGCUUAUGGCCCAUCAUACUUAUGAGGAGCAUGAAGAUGUAGUUGAGGACGUGUCAUGGCAUCCAAAGAAUGAGAACCUAUUUGGUUCCGUCGGAGAUGAUUGUCGUCUGAUCAUUUGGGACUUGCGGACAAACAAAGCCCAACAGUCAGUUUUAGCGCAUGAGAAAGAGGUGAAUUAUUUAUCUUUCAACUCAUAUACUGAGUGGGUUCUUGCUACAGCAUCGUCAGAUAGUACUGUUGGUCUGUUUGACAUGCGAAAGCUUAGCUCUCCAUUGCAUGUGUUUGGCAGUCAUACGGAUGAGGUAUUCCAGGUAGAAUGGGAUCCUAAUCAUGAGACUGUACUGGCAUCUUCAGGUGGUGAUAGAAGGUUGAUGGUCUGGGAUCUUAACAGGAUUGGUGACGAGCAAUUGGAAGGGGAAGCUGAAGACGGGCCCUCCGAACUUCUUUUCUCUCAUGGCGGUCACAAAGCAAAAAUAUCUGAUUUUUCAUGGAACAAGAAUGAGGCAUGGGUCAUUUCAAGUGUGGCAGAAGACAAUUGUGUCCAAGUCUGGCAGAUGGCUGAGAGCAUCUACCGUGAGGACAAUGACAAUGGCAACUGCUGAGAUGUUCAAUUUUCUCUCCAUUAGUAAUUGUAUGCUGCAGAUGUGAACUAGAAGAGUGUUAUAUAUGGCAUCGAAUAUAAACUUUAUUAGGUGCAGAAUCAUCAAGUAGAAGAGUACCGUUGAUAUGUGUGGAUUGCAUUGUUAACUUAAAGGCAUACAUUGAGAACUGAAUCCAUGUGCGAGCCACUUGUACUAUUAAUCAUGGUGGUUUGAACUCGCCGGACUUUUUAUUA